GGACGCUUUAGAGAUAGGCACGAUCGCGAUCGAUCGGCUCUGUCCGGUAGGCUAGCUCUGGCGCGGCGGCCGGCCGAAGUAAAGUGUCGCUGGUAAAAGUACCUCUCAAGCGCUAAAUACACUGCCAUUGGCUUACAGAAUCUUCGACUUCGCACAAAAUCUUUAACUGGAUUCUGGUAAUCUUCUCCGGGCUCAUAAAAAACACCCCGGUUUGAACAUGUAUCGAAUGAAGAUACUCAAGCAGUGCAUGUUUCUUCCUUUAGAAUCUACGAAGUGCAUUGACAUUAGCGUCAAAAGGAAGUUUUCUGUGAUAUCGGAGAAAUCGGCAUUCAAAAGAAUACACAGGAGUUUAUGUCUGGGACCGUUCUUACAAAGUGGAAGGAGUUGUGAUGCAUUGCCACUGCUGGUAACAAGAACUCCAAGUCCAACUGCAGCUUCGGCCACAACUUGUUUAUUACACAACAGAAGGAGCAUGAGCACGGAUGAUAGAGGAGGAUCUGAAGGAAAGAUCAAACCAGUGUUUGUUGCUAUUCCUAAUCCUAUCAAAGUCAUCAGAAACAAUAUAUUCUAUUGGUUAAUUCGUUCAUAUUUUGAUCCAGAUUUUUCAAUUGAUGAAUUUACACAAGGAGCUAAGCAGGCAUUGGUGACAAUAUCAGAGACAAUAGCGGAGGGGACAUGGGACAAUCUUGAAGGUCUUCUGUCUCCAAAGCUUCUUAGAGAAAUCCAGAACACUUGUCGAAACUUCAGUCUGAAGGAGAUCAGUUCUAUAUCGUUAUCAUCAGAGGAAAUUUUGCACACCUUUCCCCAUGACAUUGCUAUACACUAUGAUGAUAAGGGAGGGAAGUUCCUUUUUAUCUUGAUGAAGUUUUGGUGUCACUCCACUCAGUCUGGAAGCAGUGAUCCAGAAGUUAAAGGGUUUCGAAUUGGAAGACCGCCCCCAGGUGUUUCGCAGGAACAAUUUGACAGUCUUGGAAGUGUCUACAGUUGCACAUAUGAAUUUCACCGUAAUAUCUCACCUGGUGCCAACCCACAAUGGAUGAUCACAUAUAUGCAACAUGGCCAGCUGAUUAAUUCAGAAGCUAGGGGUCUACCUGAAGAUGAAUGAGUGUUUCGUUUAUUUUAUACUUCAUAGAAAUGGGCAUGUUACCGUAAUCACCUGUUCUUAGAUAUUUUCUAUAAUUAGCAAGUUUUCACACAGCGAUGCAGAAUGAAUCUGACAAUGCAGGAAAUGUAUUUGAAGAUGCACGUCAAAUCACAAUGAAUUCUUUGUCGUGGGUCAGCAAAUUGGAAUAGCAGUUUCGUCCAACCUUUUUUAAAGCUGAAAAAAUUAUAAAACAUGUCAUUUGUUCAUUCAUGGACAAAACUGCUGUUUUGACUCACCAACCCUUGAUAAAAACUUUAUUAUCAUGAAUGGAAUUGACGAGAUUGUGUAUGUUCCAGAAAAGCUUCUGCAUAGCUUUUGCAAGAAGUCCCUAAUAACAUGCUUAUUUCAUACAUGUACUCAUGCUUUGGGCUAGUUGAUGAGAAUUGUUCAAAGACAAUCUGAAGAUGGAUGACUGUCAUGCUGUGCCCAUACAUACAACACUUCUAUUCCAUCAACCUUGUUACAGAUUACAAGCAGAUUACUUGAAGGGGAAAAUCAUGCAAUUUUUGUUACUUGUUAUAUAACCAGCAGGCUAGAUUAUUCAGCAUUAAUCAUGAUCUUUUGGCAACAUAUAUCUGGUUCAGCUUUCAUGCAAUAGCCUUUGCACAGCCAACUGUGAGAACAUCGCACAGACUCUCAAAUUAUUCCCAUUUGGUCUUUGGAUUAUAGUGAUAUUAACAUCAGAAAAGACUGCAAAUUAAAGCCAGAUCAAAUCCCUGAUCACCUCGGCCAACUCAGUUAGUAUAUGCACACCUCAAACGUGCAGAGGAAAUACCAUCAAUUUUUUAUUUUGCAACAUUUAACCUGUGUAAUGUUAUGCAAUAAAAUUAUAAGUAUUUAUGAAUUAUAGUCAUACUCUGGUCAUGUAACCUCGGGAUUCCUAAUUGUCUGCCUUUUGACUCAAUAUUAUGCUUCGACUUGACAAAUAGCAAUAUUUCUUUGACUGUUGCUGUCAUGAUUUGUUCAAAUACCAUGUGGGUGUCUUUCCUUACAUCACAAUGGUGUAGCGUGAAUCUACUUUGGCAGAGGAAUAUUACUAUUUUUUUUAAAGAAGCAAGUGAUUGUUGUUUAUUUAUCUUGAUAUAUUUUCAGAUUUGCCCAAUGAGAUCUUUAUUGGACACAUUUUAUUCAUGGGUCAUACCAUAUCUUAGACAGAUGUGCUCAUUGACAUCAAUGAAUGUUAGAUUUGGUUCUUCAACUCUUGUUACUUGCUAUAUUUUCAAAGUAGGGCAGCAUUAGACUCACAUGUCGAUGUGCCCUGUUUAUAGAUUCAGUGUAAUGUUCAUAUUGCUUAUGCCAUUACCAAGCUUCAGUUCAUUUAGUUGAGUUUGAUUUGGUUAAUCUCAACCUUUUGUAAGACAGGGCCCAGAUCAAUACAAUACAUGUGAAAUGUACUGUAGGACUACCAAAGAAUCUUGUUAUUGCUGAAGUCCUGUUUCAUUGAUUUUUAGAAUGUGAUAAAUUGUAAAGAGGUAGAACCAUAGUAUUACCUUUGGUAACAUAUCAGGAAAACAGUAUUGUGAUCAAUAACAUUGGCCUGUAAAUACAGUUACAUACUGUAAAAUCAGCACCAGCCGCACAGAAAUGUUGUGGUAUUAAAAAUAACCCUAAUAGUAAGUCCAGUCCCUUCUUUUUUAUUUUGAUGCCGAACAUUGAUCCAAGAUGUACAUACAUGUAACUGAUUGUUUUGAAAUGAAGUAUCGUUGCGGUCCUCGGCUCAUUGUUAGUGCUAACAACGUUUUUGUGCGGCCGGUACAGAUCAUAGAUGUACAUUCACUUUGUAGUAGACCAUAGACUUACAAUUGAACCUUAUCAUCCCACCCAUUUCAUUUUACAAGGCCCAAAUGAAAAUUGCAUAAAAAAUUUGUUGAUUGCUCUAUGCUUAUGGAAAAAUCACAAAUCUUAAGUAAGGGUGAAAGUGUGUUUACAUAGCUUGGCUAAUAAUCCUAAGCCAUCUGUUAGUCUAUUCUUAAAAGGGAUUCUUAAUUCUCCUGGGGUAUCAGGUGACAUGUUGCACAGCUUCAGAUAAGAUUAAGCUCAAUAUUGAAUUGACAUUUGGUUUACCAAAGAAAUUUGAAGAUAAACUCUGAAUUACAGUUUAGAUUUCUAGUAUAUCUCACUUUGAUAUCAGUUCCUCUUUAUUUCAUAUUUGAACUCAUUGAGGGGUCUUUAUUUUUGGAAUGAAAUAAUUGCCUUGAUCGCCUGAAAAGCGACUGAUGGGCAGCAAGCAAUGUUGCAGCCAAAUAAUUAUACAGGCCUACAUGUACAUGUAGUAUUCACUAUGUUGCCUAUAGUCUAUAGAUACAUUAUUCAAAUCAGUGUGCAAAACUCUCAUUGAAAGCAAUUCUCAUUGUGAGAUACUAGACUGAAGAGCAAUGCUACAUGUAUGUCACUUGUUACAGUUAAAUCCUUAAAAACGAAUCAUUGAACAUGCUCGUUUUAACUUAUUAUCCCGGUGGGUGUUUCAUAAAGGUGUUCGUAAGUUACAAAUGACUUUACCAAAGCUAAAUUCACACCAUUGAAAUAGUGGUGCACAUAAUUUACCUCAAGAAAUGAUCACUAGUCAUUCGCAAUAUCAUUCCUAACUUACUGACACCUUUAUGAAGCACCCACCAGAUCGUGUAGAUAUAUAUAAAUACUAUUUUUGAUAAUGAAACCUAACUUGUUCUGUUUGAAAUGUAUUGCUACCUUCUCAGGGGCUACGGAAUGGGGGGGGGGGGGGGCUUCAGCCUCAAACUUUUUUCCAAAUCUUAGUACAAAAUGUAAAAACUUAACAUCUGAUAUAUUUUGUUGUGUAUUGUCAGCCCCUCCCCCUUCCCUUUCAAAACCAUUCCGCAGCCCAUGCAUUCAAGCAAACUACAUACUAACACCCUGGCUUUUGCUGUUGGAAUGAGCAUUAAAAAAAUGUUUCUUUAAUUGUAAAAA